GCACCAGACUCUGAAAUCAAUUCAACGAUCCCAACUAAUCGAACACCUUCAUCACGCCACCAGUGCAACCCAAAAAAAAUAUUAACAGAUAACAUCACAAUGACUACACGCAGUCAGGCCGAAUCCAACAAUGAUCACGAAGCCGCCGAUACUGGCACGAAGCGCAAAGCCUCAGAGGCCUCACAGGCCAACCACGCUCAGGACGAUGAACCCGACACCAAAAAGUCCAAAACCGAGAAUCCAAAAGCAACAGUAGACUGGCUCCUAAGCGACGAAGCCUUCUCCCUCGCCUUCCCCUCCCUCCCACAAGGCCACGGCGAAAUCGACUGGGACGAAGGUCAACAUCGCAAAGACCCUCCCCCCGAAUCCGCCGGGAAGAAAACCAAUACCUCAAAAUCCUCAAAGGAUAAAGACAACGACGACAGCCAUGAGAACGAGGAUGACAAAGGACCCCGCCUAACUUACCCAGACUCCACCUUGACCCCCUUCCAAAACCUCGUCGCCGCCCUCCUCCUAAGUAAACCCAUCUCCCACCGCCUCGGCCUCCGCACCAUCAACACGCUGCUCAACCCGCCCUUUGGCCUGCGCACGCCGCAGGACCUCGACGAAGCUGGGUUCGAGGGGCGCAGGAAGGUGAUGUGGGAGGCGAGGACGCAGCACAAGGAGAAGACUGCUGUGCAGUUGGGGGAUUUGGUUGAGGGGGUGAGGAAGAUUUGCUGUGGGGGUGGUGGCGAUGAGAAGGAAGAUAGGGAGAAGGAGACAAAGGAGGAGGAAGACGAGGUGGAUGUUGAGAAGAUGAUUGCGUUGAAGAAGAUGGUUGAGAAGGUGUUGACUGAUGGGAUUAAAGGUGUCGGACCGACUGGUGCUGGGAUCUUUCUGAGAAGGGUACAGGAGGAAUGGAAGGAGGUGUUUCCGUAUGCUGAUCAGAGAGCUCUCGAAGCUUCUGUUGAGUUCGGUGUCAUCCAUGAAGGUGACAGUGCGAAAGAGUUGGCCGAUGUGGUUGACGGGAAUCGGGGCAAGUUUGUGAGGAUGCUGGAUGUGCUUGUUGGUAUUCAACUUGAGAAGAAGAUGGAGGAGGCGCUGAAGAUGGCCAGGGGGGGAGACAAGUUAGAUCACUGAAAUGGAAUUGGUAGGGUUCUUUUCGUGAUUCAUUAGCUUCAGCUACCUGGGGUGAUGUCCUCUUGAUCGACCCGCUCUCAAUGACAUUCU